CGCGUGGUGGUGACAUUUCCGGCGCCGGAGUCCCCGCCCACGGAUCGCUUGUCCUCCACCGGCGCGGACCUCUGGGCAGGCGGUCGGGUGCCCGCGGUGUAGUCUCUUUCCUGGACAGCGCGAGAGAGAACAAUGCAGAAGGACUCCGGCCCGCUAGUGCCUUUACAUUGGAUUGGCUUUGGCUAUGCAGCACUGGUUGCUUCUGGUGGGAUCAUUGGCUAUGCCAAAGCAGGUAGCGUCCCAUCCCUGGCUGCUGGGCUCCUCUUCGGUGGCUUAGCAGGCCUGGGUGCUUAUCAGCUGUCUCAGGAUCCAAGGAACAUUUGGGUUUUCCUAGUUACAUCUGGAACCUUGGCUGGCAUUAUGGGAAUGAGAUUCUACCACUCUGGAAAAUUUAUGCCUGCGGGCUUAAUUGCAGGUGCCAGUUUGCUGAUGGUCGCCAAACUUGGAAUUAGUGUGUUCAGCAAACCCCAUUAGUCAUAGUCAUGUCCCAGCUUGGACUCAUGAAGAAUUUAAGAACUUCCACUAUUUUUAGUCUAUUAGGAGAAAUAAAUGCAGCAUUUUCACAUAUACUGACAUUUUACUUUAAAAAAAAAAAAGAUACUGAUCUCUGCAGGGGAAAAUAUUAAUCAUUAUUAUUACAGCCCUAAAGAGGUGGGUAUCCUACAAUAUAAAUGCUUAUUGUUAUAAUACCCUCAUAUAAUUUGAUUCUUGUAUGUUGACAUUAUUUCUUCUUUUUGUAUUUUUACAUAAAUCUCAAGGGGUAAAUGUUAAGUGUCAACAUUGGGGGCCCUGAAACCCCAUACCCUACUUAGAGAAACUGUGUAUCUGUUCUUUUGUUCAUCUUAGAGCACAGACCUAACUUUGAAAUUAUGUUAAAUGAAAUAUCAGUGAAAAUAAAAUUUACUAUAAAUAAUA